AUAACCUUUGACGAGCAGGCAAUUUCACUUUAAUAGCCUUUGAUUUUAUAGUGAUAUGGAAUUAUUACAAAUUAUAAAUGAUUGUGAUACAGACAGUGACAGUGAUUCCAAUAUUGUGCGAUCACAAAAGAAGUACACGAAUAAAUUACAUGAAUAAGCUAAAUGAUUACGAAUUUGCACAUCGAUUCAGACUGAGCAAAGGUGCUGUGAAUGAAUUGAAUAAUUUAAUUCAACCCUAUUUGAGGGUUACAUCUAAAAGAAACCUUGGUUGUCUCCCUUGCAUCAGAUACUUUUAGCGCUACGAUUUUAUGCAUUGGGCACUAUGCUGGUAUCUGUUGCUGAUUUUAUUGGAGUCUCAAUAGCAUCUCCUAGUCGUAUUGUCGCUGAUGUAUCUAGAGCCAUAGCAAGACUGUACCCAAGUUUUGUUUUAUUAGAAAGUCACACUCGAAAUGAAUUUUACAAUAUUGCGGGCUUUCCUAGAGUACAUGGUGUCAUAGAUGGUACUCAUAUAUUAAUACAAUCACCAAAUUCCAACAUAGGAGAGGAAUUUAGAAAUAGGAAAGGAUCAUUUUCUUUAAAUGUCCAAGUGGUGAGCAAUGCAUCAUUGAUGUUUCUAAAUGUUGUUGCUCGAUGGCCAGGAUCCACUCAUGAUGCAACUAUAUUUAAUCAUUCCGACUUAAAAGAUUAUUGUGAACAAGGUGGACUAGGGAAUCGAUGGUUGCUUGAUGAUAGUGGCUAUCCCUGUAAGGCCUAUCUUUUGACACUUCUGCUAAACCCAAUUACUCAAUCGGAACAAAGAUAUAAUGAAGCUCAUAUAAAAACCAGGAAUACAAUAGAAAGAUGCAUUGGUGUUUGGAAGAGAAGAUUCCCUAUUCUAGCAUUAAAAUGCCGACUCAAAGUUCAAAAUUUGCAAGCGGUUAUUAUAGCUACUGCUGUGCUACAUAAUAUUGCGAGGAAAAUGAAUUUACAAGAAUUAGAACCAGAAAUAUCAAUUGCAAUUAUGCCAGAAGAAAAUAAUUUUGUU